AUGUCGCGCCUGAAGUGUGUCAACAUAGGGGCGCAGUUGAUGCUGCUGCUGGUGUUGCUAAAGAUGCUGACGGUCAUCAACGUGGCCGCACUUGACUUCAGGCAUCACAAUCAACGGGACAUAGAGAAUAUAAUGAGGAAUUUGACUAUAGAAUUUCCACAUCUGACAGAUAUGUACUCUAUAGGAAAAAGUGUGAGAGGUGCAGACUUGUGGGUGAUUGUUGUAGGUGUGAAUGCAUCCCAGCAUCACCCUUUGAUUCCAAACGUAAAAUUGGUUGCCAAUAUGCAUGGUAAUGAGGUGGUUGGCAGGGAGUUGGUGCUCCAUCUGGCCGAGCAUUUGCUGCUGGAGUAUGGAAAGAAUGAGAGCUUAACACGGUUCCUCAACACAACUCAUGUCCAUAUUAUGCCCACAAUGAAUCCUGACGGUUAUGAGAUGUCAGUGGAGGGUAGUUGUGAUGGUCUCAUCGGAAGAGCCAAUGCGUUGGGUUAUGACCUGAAUCGCAACUUUCCUGAUGAAUUAUCCAAAUUUGCGGACCCAGAGCAAAAAGAAACUCACCUGGUUAGAGACUGGUUACAUUCCACACACUUUGUCCUCUCUGUGAACCUGCACGGUGGGGCUCUGGUUGUCAACUACCCUUUUGACUCCUUCCCUGGAGUUAAUAGUCGGAGAUACUCUAAAAGUCCUGAUGAUGAUGUUUUCAGGCAGUUAUCCCUGAUAUAUUCCCGCACACAUCCAACCAUGCAUUUAGGCUCAUCUUGUGGGGACAGUUUUGAAGAUGGGAUAACAAAUGGAGCUGAUUGGUAUCCAGUUUAUGGAGGAAUGCAAGAUUAUUUGUACAAGAAUGCCAGUGGUUACCAGGUUCUGGUGGAGUUGUCCUGCUGUAAAUAUCCUAGAGCACAGAUGUUAAGAGGCUUCUGGGAGAGACACAGGGAUGCACUCAUAAACCUUAUGUUUGCAGUUCAUAUGGGAGUGAAAGGCCUUAUCUUUGGUCAGUCACAGUACAGUGACAGCCUGUUUCUACCUUUAGAAGGUGCAACAGUGAUGGUGAAAGGGCGGGAGUCAAUUCAAUUCAAGUCAACAAAAUAUGGAGAAUAUUUCAAGCUUCUGUUGCCAGGGGAAUAUGUUUUGCUGGUGAGACACCCCUGCUACGUGCCUGUAGAAAUUCCCUUUGAAGUUCAAGGUUCAGCAGUGACCAGAUUGGACGUUCGGCUGUUUAGUAGUGAUUGCUUUCAAAGUCCAGCAGCCAUGGCCACGGCAACAGUUAAACUGGAAGAUAUUCCUAGCAGUGAAAGUUGGCAUCAGAGAAAUGGGAAAGAAAGUUGCAUGCGGCUAAAAAAUACGGUGUUGGUACACCUAUUAUGUUCUGUUGUUAUUGCAAUGUUAUUUCUUUAG